UCAGUCAGAGCACGUGGAAACUCAAUACAUGCAGUUUCAAGUUUAGCAUCACGAUGUUAUUCUUCACUUCAAUUUUUACGUCUUUCUUGGCGAUCGCAUUCGCCCAGAAGAAUCCGCAUUAUGUGGGUGACAGAACAACUAUGGUUCACUUGUUUGAAUGGAAAUUCAACGAUAUCGCCAAAGAAUGCGAGGAUUUCCUUGGUCCAAAGGGCUACGGUGGUGUACAAGUUUCUCCUAUAAAUGAGAAUCUCGUAAUAAAGAAUAGACCCUGGUACGAGAAAUAUCAGCCACUUUCCUAUAAGAUUAUCAGCCGAUCCGGAAAUAAAACCGAAUUUAAGAACAUGGUAAAGAGAUGUAACAAAGUUGGUGUGAGGAUAUAUGUCGACAUAGUAAUUAAUCACAUGACAGCGGACGCACAACCUGCGUACGGUACUGGUGGUACAUCAGCAGAUCCGGAACAGCGACGUUAUCCGGCAGUUCCAUAUGGCCCAGAAGACUUCCAUAAAUCAUGUCAAAUACAAAAUUAUAACAAUGCCACCGAAGUUCGAGACUGUGAACUGUCCGGCCUUCAUGAUCUCGAUCAACGCAAGGAACACGUUCGGAAGGAAAUAAUUAAAUUUUUAAAUGAAGUCAUCGAUUGUGGAAUCGCUGGCCUCCGCAUUGACGCAGCUAAACACAUGUGGCCAGAAGAUCUUAAGAAUAUCUACAAGAGAACAAAAGCUCUGUCCCCCAAAAAUGGAUAUCCUUCGAAACGACAGAAUCCUUUGAAACCUUAUAUCUAUCAAGAAGUCAUCGAUCUUGGUGGCGAAGCCGUUAGCAAAUACGAAUAUAACACAUUCGCAAACGUCAUCGAGUUUCAAUAUGGAAUAAUUCUUGGUAAUAUGUUCCGUGGCCAGGACAAAUUGGCAAGGCUGCAAACAUUCAAUGAUUCAGAUGCUUGGAGAUUGCUACCUUCCUCCGAUGCGUUAGUUAUGAUUGACAAUCAUGAUAAUCAGAGAGGCCACGGUGCCGGCGGAGCCAGCAUUCUAACGCAUAAAGAUCCAAAACCGUACAAGAUGGCAGUGGCCUUCAUGCUUGCCUAUUCUUAUGGUCACCCUCGAGUUAUGAGCUCCUUCGCUUUUACUGAUCCUAGUCAAGGGCCACCGGCAAAUUCGGAUGGCGACAUCAUUUCGCCUGAAAUCUCCAAUGGUCAAUGCACCAACGGUUGGGUCUGCGAACACAGGUGGCUGCAGAUCUAUCAUAUGAUUAAAUUUCGUAAUAUUGUUAAUGGUGAACGACUGGAGAACUGGUGGAGCAAUGGAAAGAAUCAAAUCGCCUUCUCCCGCGGCAACAAAGGUUUCAUCGCGUUUACCGUCGAGGGCGAUCUUCGUGAGAAAUUGCAAACUGGAUUGCCCUCCGGUACUUAUUGCGAUGUCAUAACAGGAGAAGUCGACAAAGAAGUCAGCAAAUGCUCCGGAAAGUCAGUGAUAGUUGAUAAAGAUGGUAUGGCUUCAAUUGAAAUUUUGUCAAACGACUCGGAAGGCGUGCUCGCUCUUCAUAUAGAGGCGAAACUGUGAGGCUCGUCGAGGUCAAUAAACUUCAAAACAAUAUUUUAUUUUAUCUGCACGAGUAGCACAAAACCAUAUCGAUAUGUAGUACAUGCACAAAUGUAGUUGUGUUUGAAUAAAAAUACAUGCAAAUAUA